AUGAUAAAGUUGCAAAAUCCUAAAAAUAUUGAUUCAUUAGAAGAAGAACAAAAAAUUUUACACAAAGCGCUAAUUCUUGCUAGUCUAGAUCUUCGAGAAGCCAAAUCGCGUGUGGAAGAGCUGAAAAUAGAAAACGACUCAAUUAAACGUAAUAUUCCGUCUUUGUUGCUGCCAGAGCCGGAAAUUGAUUUGCCUGAGCUUUUGACUACACUUCAGCCGAAGCUAUAUGAGCUUAGAGAAGCUAUAAUGGUGCAAAAAGUUCGGAAAGCUAAACUAGCUAAAGAGGUGGAAGAAAUUAAAGAUAAAUGCAAUAGAAAAGAAGUUGAGCUAAAAGGACUAAAGCGAAGGCAGCAAAUUCAAAAAAAAGGAAGCUAUUUUAUAAAGCAUCAAAUCAAAAAAUCUUUUGUUGGGCAGCCAAAAGAAGAAGAAAACAAUUAG